UAAUUAGCAGGCUAUGACCCACUUGGGAACUCUCGCAUGUACCUCCAUUCUCCGUUAGGACCACGAUAUUUUCUCCCACGUUGAAGUUUCCAACUAGAGAUAGGGUUUUAAAAUGGCCAUCCAAACCAUCAUAGACCUCCUAGAAAAAGCCGCGGGCACUCGUGACCAAGGUAUCGGCGUGUAUCCGCGUGGAAGCACGGAGCCUCAAUGGUUAACCUAUCGGUCCCUCCGGGAGCUUGCAAGAGCAAAUAGCUCUCGCCUGCGUACGAUACCAAGUUUUAAAGAUGGUGUUGUGAUUCUUCUGCAUUUCGCAGACCAUCUAGACAAUAUCAUCUGGUUUUGGUCAACAUUAUACGCGGGCUGUAUCCCAGCUAUGUCUACUCCUCUACCAAAGGUUGCCACGCACCGCUCCAAGCACUUAUCGCAUCUGCACAGUCUGUUGGGCGACCCGAUUUGUUUGACAAGAAAGGAACUAUGGGAGGACGACGGGACACCUUUGAGAAUUGUGGAUAUCCAAACAUUACCUGCCUCAGCAUCCACCAUGGAGAGCCGCACCUCGGCGCGUAACACUCCCGCGGUCCUCAUGCUUACCUCCGGCAGUACAGGGCAGGCAAAGGCCGUGCCGUUAACGCAGCAGCAGAUCCUGGCCUCCCUGGAUGGCAAAUGCGCUGCGCUUCCAGUUGAGCCGGACCGUGUCUCGUUUCUGAAUUGGAUCCGCCUUGAUCAUGUCGGCAGCCUCGUCGAAAUCCAUCUCCAUGGACUGUUUCUUGGGACGAAUCAGCUGCAUGUAGAACCGGAGAAUAUUCUAGCAAACCCACUACUGUUUCUGACUCUGAUUCACAAACAUAGGGUGGGGCGGACGUUCGCACCUAAUUUUUUCCUUGUGGAGCUCUUGCGCCUUUUGAAAGCUGGGCCCGAGAACGUCGACUUCGAUCUGAGUUGUCUUCGAUAUGUUGUUUCCGGGGGUGAAUCGAACAGUGUGGAAGUUUGCGAUCGGUUGUCCAGUCUCUUGAUGAAUUAUGGUGCUCCAGGAAAUGUUAUAGUGCCCGGAUUUGGGAUGACCGAAACUUGCGCUGGGUCGAUCUAUAACUCAAAUUGCCCAGUCUACGAUCUCCAACACGGCUUUCAGUUUGCUUCCGUGGGUGAAUGUGUCCCCGGAAUUGAAAUGCGGGCGCGUUCUGGGAGCAUCGAGCUACGCGGUCCCAUCGUUUUCACAGGCUACUGGAAUAAUGGGGCUGCAACGGCGGAGGCUUUCACCGGAGACGGAUGGUUCAAAACUGGAGACACAGGGUUCAUUCAUGAAGGGAAGCUGCACCUUUCCGGCCGAACGAAAGAGAUGAUAAGCAUCAAUAGUGUGAAAUAUUUGCCGCAGGAUCUUGAUAGCGCGGUCGAGGAAGCACAGAUCCCUGGCAUCAUUCCCCAGCACGUCGUUUGCUUUGCACACUUUUCCGGUAAUAAGGAGGAGGUUUGCGUGGUGUAUUGUCCCGACUAUGUGUGGGACGAUAUUGAAGCGCGCUAUAAUGUCGCCUUGGCAAUAACGCGGCGUGUACUUUUGAUUACGAGCACGAGGCCCUAUAUCCUCCCUCUACCGCGUGAGUCGCUGGAGCGGACGACGUUAGGAAAGCUCAGUCGUUCGAGCUUAAGCACCGCCAUGCGCGCAGGGCAAUACGCCAAGCAGGAGGAAGACAACAUCCGUUUCAUAAACGAGUAUAAAGAUCGGACACACGCCCCAGCAAGCACUGCGGCCGAACGAAUAAUAGCUAAGGAGCUGGGCAAUCUAUUCAACCUUCCUGACUGCUCCAUAGGGGUUAACACAAACCACUUUGAUCUAGGCUUAACCUCCGUGCAGCUUCUCCAACUCAAGCGCCGUAUUGAGCAACGGCUUAACCUCAAGAGUAUCCCCAUCCUGACGAUGAUGACCAACCUGACUAUCCGCAGCCUCGCACAUGCUCUGACAUCCACCAAGGAAAAAGAAUAUAACCCUGUUGUGACAUUGCAACCCCACGGCAAAAGAACACCCCUCUGGCUAGUCCAUCCCGGCACAGGUGAAGCUCUCGGUUUUCUGGACCUCGCCCGGUUCUUCACUGAUAGACCAGUGUACGCUCUCCAUGCCCGUGGUUUCGAUGAUACCCCGCCAUUUACUACAGUCACAGCAUGCAUCGACUGCUACUUAGCCGGUAUAAAGGCUCAGCAGCCCCAUGGGCCUUACGCGAUUGCCGGGUACACCCUUGGCGCUCUCUUGGCUUUUGAGCUGGCAAAACGCCUUGAAGCCGACGGCCAAGAGGUCGCUUUCGUGGCCUCCCUCGACCGCCUCCCGUACUCUGUGGGCGGAAUGCGCAACGUUGGAUUCAACCAGUGCCUAACUCACCUUGCCUUCUUUUUGGGUAUUAUAUCCAAGCCAACUAUGCAGGCAUUAUCCUUCGAGCAUUGUGAUCAGAAGCUAGCUGCCGUCCAGAAGGUCGUGGACAUCGCUGAUAGUGAACGCAUGACUGAGUUGGGACUGGACGCAGGUCAGAUCCUGAAAUGGGCGGAUUUAAUGCUAGCACUGCAGAUGAUGUUGCGGCAGUACAGUAUUUCUGGGACGGUGAAGUCUAUGGAUGUAUUUUAUUGUAUUCCGCUGGAGAUCUUUGGUUGUGGACUGGACGAGUGGAAGGAGAAAAUGAAAGCAUGGGGCGAGUAUACGCAGCAGGGGGCGAGGUAUCAUCGAAUGGACGGCGAGCAUCAUAACAUACUAGGACCGAAGUAUGUGAGGGGUCUGCAUAAGGCAUUCAGUAGGGCGAUGGAGGCACGGGGGAUAUAGUUUGUAAGUCUCUAACUAGGCAUCUAUGUCCUAUUGAGGAAAUGUACUGCUCGAUUUGAAUAGCUUUGUGCGUUGAGAUCC